GCAGGCGCUGAGGAGAGGCGGGCGUGGAGCCAAGGAGCAGGUAGGCCUGGCACAGGGUCUACGCAGUGGUGGCUGGUGCCCCACACUCCAGCCCAGGCCCUGGCCCGACUUCCUUGGGAUCAAGGGUCUUCCAGAGCCAGCGUUAACCCCUGUUCAGCCCAGUGAGGGGAGGGCUGCCCUCAAUCAGGCUCCUAGCCUGGUGCUGCUGGGCCCCUGUACCCCACUGGCCCCGCACUCGCUGUGCUGCAGCUCUGCCCUGGAGGGGCGAGCAGUGAGCAGCCAGGCCUGGUCCAAGCUCUGUCCUGCAGAUGGAGGCGGUCAUCCUGCUCCCCUUGGUGCUAGGCUUCCUGCUGCUGCCUCUUUUGGCCGUGUUACUGAUGGCACUGUGUGUGCAUUGCCGAGAGCUGCCAGACUCAUAUGACAGUGCUGCCACAGAUAGUUCGAUCCCACAUAGCAUCAUAAUCAAACGGCCUCCUACGCUCGCCCCCUGGCCACCGGCCACUACCUACCCGCCUGUUACCUCCUAUCCACCCCUGAGCCAACCAGACCUGCUCCCCAUCCCGAGAUCCCCACAGCCCCCAGGGGGCUCCCACCGCAUGCCAUCUUCCCGGCAAGAUUCAGAUGGUGCCAACAGUGUGGCAAGCUACGAGAAUGACGAGCCAGCCUGUGAGGACGAGGACGAAGACGAGGACGAGGACUAUCACAACGAGGGCUACUUGGUGGUUCUUCCUGAUACUGCCCCGGCCACUGGCACCACUGUCUCAUCAGCUCCUGCGCCUAGCAACCCUGGCGGCCUUCGAGACAGCGCCUUCUCCAUGGAGUCAGGGGAAGACUACGUGAACAUCCCUGAGAGUGAGGAGAGUGCAGAUGCAUCUCUGGAUGGGAGCCGGGAGUAUGUGAACGUGUCCCAGGAACUGCAGCCCACAGCCAGGACCAAGCCUGCCACCCCGAGUUCCCAGAAGGUAGAGGAUGAGGAAGAAGAGGAAGAAGAGGGGGCUCCAGAUUACGAGAAUCUGUAGGAGCUUAACUGAGGACCUGCAUGAGGCGAGCCUGUCCUGGAACCAGCCUUGCCUGGGUGGGCUGAGCUGGGCAGCUGGGCAGUGGCUCUGGGGGGCCCACUUGGUACCCUGCCCCGGCUUCAGCCUGACAACAGCCUGAGAAUUUUCCCCCUAACUUAUUGUCACUUUGGGGUCUAGUCUGCAUGCCCCCAAUACUCUGCACCUUCUGACACAACCUGAGAAUGAACUGCCCUGGCCCCAGCUUUACUCUGUAACAGAAUAAAGGCUGUUGUGGUCUGCAGUGCUUUUGGCUUUAGGGGGGCAUAGUGGGUCAGAGUCAGGGCGAGGGUGGGUUGUGCCUGAGGGUGUGUGUGUGCGUGCGUGUGUGUGUGUGUGUGUGUGUGUGUGUGUGUGUGUGUGUCUCCAUCCUUCACAGGGCCUCUGUGCUCUUGAGGGUCCUGACCAGGUACUGCAUGACUGACUGACUGAUGGCUAAGACAUGUCACCUUCUGAGUGAGGCAAGUCUGACCCAGGCUGGCACUUCUGGGGCCCAGACGCAUUUCCCCAUGAGAUAGUCCAUGGAGACCAUGGCUGUGCUGAUGGUAGAGACGGAGUGGAGAUGCACUGGGUGGACACUUAGAGCAAGGGGAGGACUUGAUGACCUCGAAGGGCUUUCUUAGUUCUUACUUUUUGUGGUUCUCAAUAAAACAAAACGGAAAAAUUGUCUAAAUAUCUAAAAGGUUAAUGUAUGGUGCGGCAAUUUUCAGACUUUGAUGUGCAGAUGGCUCACCUGGAUGAUUUUCCAAAAUGCAGAUUCUGAUUCAGUAGGUCUGGGAUGGGGCCUGAGAUUCUGAACUUCCAAGGAGCUCCCAAGUGGUUCUGACGCUGCUGUUCUGAGAACCAUACUUUGAAUAGUAGGGUCUGGUGGACAUCCAGGUCACUGUGAUUAGCUCCAGCGUGGGCAUGUGACCUAACCUUGGCCAGUGAGGACCAGCCCUGGGACUUGGGCAAGAAGUGUCAGGAAGGAGAAGCUCUUUUUGUUCCUGGCAGUUGUUAAGUUGGAAGAAUGUAGUCCUGGAGCCCCACUUGGAGAGUCUGAGAACAAAGCCACCACGGAGGAGAGAAUGGCCCAGAGAUGGACAGAGCCAGCUUCCUGGUGGUGUCAGAACCACUAGAUCCAGUAACACCUGAAGUGAGAUACCCUUUCAGACUUCCCAGUUACAUGGGCCAAUAAAUUACCAGUU